AUGGGGGAAGAUGAUGAUAUUCGUAUCAUAGAAGUUUGUGGUACGAGUGGCAUUGGCAAAACGACCCUUGCAAAAGUUGUUCACAAUCAAAUGUCACCUCAUUUUGAAGGUAAAAGCUUUCUUGUUGAUGUUCGAGAAAUUUCAGAGAAAUGUGGACUUGUUUCUUUGCAAAAACAAUUACUUUCCCAAAUCUUGUUUGAUGAAAGCUUCAAUUUUUUCAAUGUUCAUGAAGGGAAAGCCAUAAUUAGCCACAGGUUGUCUCACAAAAUAGUUCUUGUUGUUCUUGAUGAUGUUGAGAACCUACUACACUUGAAAUGCUUGGUUGGAAUGCGUAAUUGGUUCAAUGUAGGGAGCAGAAUCAUUGUAACAAAAAGAGAUGAACAUUUGCUCCGAUCUUAUCGAGUUGAUGGUGUGUAUAAGCCUACAACACUGAAAGCCAAUGAUGCACAUCAUCUUUUCAAUUUGAAAGCUUUCGGUUGCGAGACUGUGCCAAAAGAGGAUUUCAUUGAGCUAGCUAAACAUGUUGUAGGUUAUGCUGGUGGACUCCCCUUAGCAUUUAAAGUUUUGGGUUCUUUGCUGUGUGACAGAGAUGCAAGGCAAUGGACAAGCGCAAUAGAAGGACUUGAAAGAGAUUCUAACAAAGAAAUUCUUGAUAGACUUCAAAUAAGUUUUGAUGGAUUGGAAGAAAGGGAGAAGAAUAUAUUUCUAGAUAUAGCUUGCUUUUUUAAUGGGGAGGAGAAAGAUUUUGUAAUGAAAGUACUGGAUGGUUGUGAGUUUUUUCCAGAUAUUGGAAUCGAUGUUCUCAUUAAAAAAUCUAUACUAACCGUUAAUAAAUACAACCAAUUGCGGAUGCAUGACUUGCUACAAGAAAUGGGAAGAAAAAUUGUUAGAGAAAAAUCUGUUGAUGAACCUGGAAAACGUUGCAAAUUGUGGGUGGAAAAAGAUGUGUAUCAUGCGCUAACAACACAAAUUGUAAGUCAUUCCAUACAAAUUAUAUAUAUUCUUACUUUAGCUUAA